CGCGAAAGAAAGGUCUUCUCAGAGACGUCGUUCCCCGUUCGUUUUUCAGUCAGCUAAUCUUUUUUUAUUAUUAUUUUUCCCGUGCGAUGCUAUUGACAUUACGAAUAAGGCUGAGGUGUGCGUAUAAGUGAUUUUGCAAAUCAGACACAACAUCGGUAACGAAUUGAAACGUUUUGAUAAACAUUUGUCGAAAGUUUGUUGAUGUUUUGAUAUCAGAACUCAGUUAAUUGCCAUCAACUUUUCCGAAGAACUGGACUGGUACGGUUUGGUAGUUCGUGAACAGUCAAGUGAUUAUUAAAGUGAUUGAUUGCAUUAUAUUGCUCAGUGAAGAAGAACAGUAGUUCGGUUGUGAAUCAGACUCUUUUUAAAAAACGUUUUGAAGGUUUUCCCUGCUAAUACAGUUGCAGCCGAAGCGAUGCAGGGCCAGAGAAGAGAAGGAACGAGGAGCAGCUGCCACGGGAGCACUUGGAGCCACCAGCAGCUCGUGUCAUUUGCUCUCAUUGUAUUUAUGGCGAGCAGCUGGAGCCCGGCCUAUUCUGCUACUCUCCAGCCCGUCUUGACAGACGGGACGUGUAGCCUUGGCUGGUUUCCUUGUGGAGAGAACGGUUCCCUGUGUCUGGAGCAGCGCUUCUUCUGCGAUCUGCAACAACACUGUCCCACAGGAGAGGAUGAAGCCGACUGUUUGGACAACAAGGCCGACACGCACCUGACCCAGCGCAUUUUGAAUAAGCCAGUUCUGCGCUGGGAGGAGAGACACAAAUGUACCCUGACUCAUGUGCCCGAACACUGCAAGUGCCGGAUCAACACGAGACUUCACUGCCCGAGGGCCGGGCUCAAGAAAGUGCCCCAAAAUCUCGAUCCGGACAUGACGGCAUUAUUACUCCCGAACAACAGUCUGGCGCUGGAAAAGAAUUCUUUCGCCAAAUAUCGGAAGCUGAGGCUCCUCCAUCUAGGAGGAACUGGAUUAACGGAGAUGCCUGAAGGAGUCUUCAGAGGCUUAAAUAACCUGACUAAGCUUUUCUUGACGCACAAUCUCCUUCGGGAGCUGAGACCUGAAUCCUUGGAGGACUUGGAGUCUCUUAUACACCUCGAUCUGACCGACAACCGCUUCACCGAAUUCGACGGCAUUUUGACCUCCCUGCCCUCCUUGGAUACAGUAUGGCUUAAUGGCAACCUGAUAACUCUCAAAGGUAGAAUUGUCAGCCCUAAUGCGCAUUUUCCUCAGGAAUUGUUCCUAGAGAACAAUCAAAUUGAAGAACUGACGAAGGAUUCCCUCAUCGGUCUCUCAGGACUUCAUUCCUUGUACUUACGUCAUAACAAGAUCAGCCGCAUUGAAGAUGGGGCUUUCGCGGAGCAGAAAUUGCUGGUUGACCUGGAACUGAACUUCAACAGGAUUCAGUAUAUUCACCCCGACACCUUUUUGGGAUUAGACUCACUUGUCAGCUUGAACCUGGACGGCAACCCUCUGGUGUCCAUGGCCGAAGCUACCUUCAAGAGGAUUCCACUUUUGGCAUCCUUGCAUUUGUACCAGAUGGAGUUGUCGACUGAGCUCCUGCUGAAUAUUUCUGACGCACACAUGGAUUCUGAAUCUCCGACUAAUCUCUACCACGUAUACUUCAAGAGAUUCCGGUACUGUGGUUACCUUCCCUCCGUUCCUGACUGCUGGCCGAAAACCGAUGGCGUAUCGUCGUUCGAGCACCUGCUGGUGCGCAUGGAGCUGAGGGUAGGCGUGUGGCUGGUGGCAAUGCUGACCCUCCUGGGCAACAUGACCGUGCUGUUCGGGCGCGUCCUCAACAGGGACGACAACAAGAUCCUCUCUCUCUUCAUCAGGAAUCUGGCAGUGGCCGACUUAUGCACGGGCGUUUAUCUCCUCGUGAUGGCCUCCAAAGACCUGCAGUUCAGAUCGGAGUAUCACGAACACGCUUACUACUGGAUGUCAUCGUGGCAAUGUACGAUUACCGGAGUGUUGGCAGUGACUUCGUCUGAGGUGUCCGUCAUGAUCCUCUCGUUUAUGUCCGUCGAGAGAUGGUUGUGCAUCACCUGGCCUCUGGGAUCGCCGAAGCUCUCUCUCGGCCGGGCCAAGUUGGCCCUGGUCGUUAUUUGGGCGGCUGGAUUCGCACUCGCCAUUGCUCCUGUAUUUUACUACACUAACCGACAGGGAUUUUACGGCACUAAUGGGCUGUGCUUUCCACUCCACUUGGACGACCCCUGGGUUCCCGGAUGGAUGUAUUCGGCAGUCGUCUUCGUCGGUCUUAACCAGCUUGGGGUUGUGAUGAUCCUGAUCUCCUACACCUGGAUGUUCUGCAGCAUCCGGAAGACCAGGGCCAACACGCCCUUGGCUCUCGGAGACCGGGAAUUCGCCAUCCGUUUCUUCUUCAUCGUCUUCACCGACUGCGUCUGCUGGAUUCCCAUCAUCAUCCUGAGGGUCCUGGCUCUCUCCAGCACCAACAUUCCUCCCGAACUGUACGCAUGGGUGGUGGUCGUGCUCCUCCCCGUAAAUUCGGCCAUCAACCCAUUCCUGUACACCUUCACCACCACGAAGUUCCGGACACACGCGAAGCGGCUUUUUUCUGACGGGGCCAACUGCCGAUGGCCCCAGAGACGAGACUCGGCAACAGUGGAAUCUGAAGUGACGAGAACUUCCACGCUGAGAACCGCCACCUACAAGUGGAACAAUGGACGAGAUAUUUUCCAUCUCAACAACGGCACAACUCAGUCCAUCGACGAUUCUGCCGUGCUUGACGUUACCAAAACAAAAGAAGAUCAGUCUCCGGCGGAAACGAAGUUGUAAUAUCUCUCUCUCUCUCUCUCUCUCUCUCUCUCUCUCUCUCUCUCUCUAAGUUCUUGGUAUCUGGAAUACACAGAGCAAAAGAGAAUCAGCAACUUAUAAAAACAGAAUUGUAAUUUUUCCCACUCGAUCACUGUCAUUCAGAACUUAAUGUGACAGCAGGGUUUAAAGAGUUAUUUUUGUAUCCUUCGACAUGCAUUCAGAUUUGCUUCAAAAAUCAUCGAAGGUCUACUAUAUAGCAUAUUCAUAUUUAAACCAACAAUAAAAGUUACUUAGGCCUGUCAUCGCAUUCAUAUUUUAACCCCCCAAAAAACACUUACUUAGACCUGUAAACGCUUUCAUUUUGAUGCCAAAAUAGUACCCUACUUUCUGAUGCGUUAAAAUGAUUCUACUCUCAUGAGUUUACUUACUCACGUCUAUAAAAACUUAUAAAGAAAUAAUAAUAAUAACUUCGGAGACGGAAGAGUUGUGCCUCUUCUUGUUUUGGCGGUCAGGACCUUGCAUUGGAAAAUUCAUGAGUUCAUUAGUGUUUCAAAAGUGACUUUUUUUUCCCUUUUUCUAAUGGCGUUGAGACUAUCAAUUUUUUGGACGUCGAGCGAACGAUGAAACUGCUGGGUGCUCAUAAAUUAUAUUCUUGAGGCGUGUUGAUGCAUGUGUGGAAACACUAUAACGUUUUUGAGAAGCUUAUGGAUAAUGAACCUCGGUACCAAAACUGUUAGUAAC